GCCCCGCAGUCUCUGUGACUCCGCUUCCUCGCCUUUGCCUCCCUCGCGCUCUCCCGCUCCAGCACUGCAGCAGAGGGAGGACUGCAACGUGCAGCCCACACAGCCCCUUGUCCGCCCCUCCGCCGGCUCUGUCACGCCUUGCGACUCCUCCAGGAGACGCCGCCGCCAGCAGCAGCGCCGCGCCGAGCCGAGCCCAGGAGGCAGGAGAAAGUGACAAGCUCCGUGCGCACGCGGGAGGCGGCUGCCGCUGCUCGGUGCGGACACUCUCGGGCGUCGGUGUGUCCGCGCGGAUAUCUUGUUGAAGCUGAACAUGUUCUCGCAUCUCCACUAUUGAUGUCUAGCACAGAUUAAAUAUUCCAGACAGAAUCAAUAGAUCCAUUUGCAGUAGGACCAUCAUACAUUAAUACAAGAUGGAAGACACAUACAAAGACAGGACUUCAUUAGUGAAAGGGGCUAAGGACAUUGCCAAGGAAGUGAAGAGACAAACUGUAAAGAAGGUGAAUAAAACAGUAGACAAAGUUCAGGAUGGGUAUACGCAGAGAUCCUAUAAACAAUUCAAGGAUGAGGAAGAUGAUGAUGACUACUAUACACAAGAAAGAAAUUAUGAUGGAGAAGCCAACGAUGAUGAAGGGUCAAGUGAAGCAACUGAAGGGCAUGAUGAAGAUGAUGAGAUUUAUGAGGGGGAAUAUCAGGGAAUCCCAAACAUAGGGCAAGGCAAGGAUGGCUUAGUGGCCCUACAGCAGCCCAUCCAUGAUGAAUAUAAGGACCGUCAUGAACUGGAAACAGAGAGGAAAGCUGAUGAAGAGGAGCUAGCGCAGCAGUAUGAGCUGAUUAUACAAGAGUGUGGACAUGGCCGUUUUCAGUGGACUCUCUUCUUUGUUCUUGGAAUGGCACUAAUGGCUGAUGGGGUAGAGGUUUUUGUGGUUGGAUUUGUGUUGCCCAGUGCUGAGACAGAUAUGUGCAUACCCAAUUCUGGAUCAGGAUGGCUAGGUAGCAUAGUGUACCUUGGGAUGAUGUUGGGGGCAUUCUUCUGGGGAGGCUUGGCAGACAAGGUGGGAAGGAGACAGUCUCUCCUGAUAUGCAUGUCUGUCAAUGGAUUCUUUGCCUUCCUGUCAUCAUUUGUCCAGGGCUAUGGCCUCUUUCUCCUCUGUCGCUUAUUUUCUGGAUUUGGGAUUGGCGGAGCUGUUCCAACAGUGUUCUCGUAUUUUUCUGAAGUUCUUGCUCGAGAGAAACGUGGUGAACACUUAAGUUGGCUGUGCAUGUUUUGGAUGAUUGGAGGCAUCUAUGCUUCUGCCAUGGCUUGGGCAAUAAUUCCUCACUAUGGGUGGAGUUUUAGUAUGGGGUCUGCCUACCAGUUUCACAGCUGGAGAGUAUUUGUAGUCGUCUGUGCGCUGCCCUGUGUCUCCUCAGUAGUAGCACUCACUUUCAUGCCAGAAAGUCCAAGGUUUCUGCUGGAGGUUGGAAAACACGAUGAAGCUUGGAUGAUUCUCAAGCAAAUUCAUGACACUAACAUGCGAGCUCGUGGGCAGCCUGAAAAAGUCUUCACAGUUAACAGAAUCAAAACUCCCAAACAGAUAGAUGAGCUCAUAGAAAUUCAGAGUGACACAGGAACCUGGUACAGAAGGUGUUUUGUUAGAAUCCACACAGAGCUGUAUGGGAUUUGGUUAACAUUUAUGAGAUGUUUCAACUAUCCAGUCAAGGACAAUACAAUCAAACUUACAGCUGUAUGGUUCACGCUGUCUUUUGGCUACUAUGGGUUGUCCGUCUGGUUCCCUGAUGUCAUUAAGCAUCUGCAAUCGGACGAAUAUGCAUCCAAAGUGAAACAGUUUAAUGGAGAGAGAAUUGUAGAUUUCAACUUCAACUUCACAUUGGAAAAUCAGAUUCACAUCAAUGGAUCAUACAUCAAUGACAGGUUUAUUAUGAUGAAGUUUAAAUCAGUAACCUUUGAAGAUUCCCUUUUUAAGAAUUGCUUAUUUGAGGACAUUACUUCUGUGAGCACAUACUUCAGGAACUGUACUUUUGUGGAUACCAACUUCUCCAGCACAGAUCUCGAGCAAUAUAAAUUCAUUGACACUGAAUUUAUAAACUGCAUAUUUAAGCACAACAAGACAGGAUGUCAGAUUACCUUUGAUGAUGACUACAGUGCUUAUUGGAUUUACUUUGUUAAUUUCCUGGGAACUUUGGCUGUGUUACCAGGGAAUAUUGUAUCUGCUCUUCUGAUGGACAGAAUUGGACGUUUAACGAUGUUAGGUGGUUCUAUGGUACUCUCUGGAAUUAGCUGUUUUUUCUUGUGGUUUGGUACCAGUGAAUCCAUGAUGAUAGGCAUGCUGUGUUUGUACAAUGGUCUCACCAUCUCAGCAUGGAACUCCCUUGAUGUCAUUACUGUGGAACUGUAUCCUACAGACAGAAGGGCAACAGGCUUUGGCUUUUUGAAUGCACUAUGCAAAGCAGCAGCUGUACUUGGAAACUUAAUAUUUGGUUCCCUUGUUGGCAUCACCAAAGCAAUCCCCAUUCUUCUAGCUUCAACUGUUCUCGUGUGUGGAGGUCUGGUGGGACUUCGACUUCCUGACACAAGAACCCAGGUGUUGAUGUAAAACUGGAAAAAAGCCAUUUAUGAUUUAUUUCCCUCUCCUUUCAAGUGUCAACUCCCCUAACUGAAUGGUGCAAAGGCUUCAGAUUUUCAGUUCUUAGAAUGGUGAUCAGAUAGCAGAAAUCUAACUCAAAAUGAGAUAUUUUUCUGUGACAGAGGUUUAGAAACUUCCAUAAGAAAGUUUUAAAGUUUCACCUUCUUUUGCAUACUUUUGCUGUUUAAUACUUUUUAUCUUUCAAAUUGCAAAGCUACCUCUUGAAACAUUUUCAAAGACAUAUUCAGGAAGAGAAAACCACGCUCGUAGCUAGGUGUUUAAAAUGCAAGCGAAUGGUCACAUCUUGGACAUUAAAAAAUAGGUUCUAGAUUUUUGCCAUGACACCAUUAGCUUCCACAGUGAUACAGACAUGGAAGUCAAUUAUUUAACAGUAUUGGUGCAGUAAAUGUCAAUCUUACACAGAUCAAUGCAUGCAGCAUUAAACAGGAAACUGCAUAUUCUGCAUCCGCACUGAGAAUAUUAACGUUGUGUGACUAUAUUUAAGCAGUAGGGACUUCCUGCUUUCUUAGAAAAGGGCACAACAGGCUUUGGCAGUGGCAAUGCCUCUUUCAGAGGAAACCAUCUUAUGUAGAUUCAAUCGUGGUUAAAGAUUAACAAUUGCAAUCAUAAUAGUAAACCUGUCUGUGCUGAGGAGAAACAACUCCUCUUACAGAGGCCAGGAAAGCUCAUAAUGAGUGAGGGGAGUAAGAGAAUAGGCAAAGCAGCACUUUCACUGCUUUCUGAUCCUCCAGAGUGUAUUUAGAGAUACCAACACUUGGAUGUCUGGAAAUUUCUGAGCAUUUUAGAAAACAAGGGCUUUGUCUGAACUUAUCUCGGUGUAAACCAUGAGUAGUUCUACUCUAGUCAAUCGUUCACUAAUGUAAAAUUAGUGUGAGUGAAGGCAGAAUAAAGCCCAAUGCCUAUAUGAAAAGUAAACAGCUUUAAGAAAAGUGCUUUUGCUAUUUAACCUACUAACUUUCACUCCCUUGAUGAUAUAACAAUAUUUAGAAAAAAUAUUUUAUAUUAGAGUGCCUCCUACAUGUUAUCUUCAGCCUCUAUUUAACAUGAUCACAAUCUCCGGAACUAAAUCAUUUACCUACAACUGCAAAACUUAAAAAAAAAAAAAAAAAGUAACAUUUCUUAGUAUAUCAGUUUAUACAAUUGGCAUAAAUUUGCAAAUAUUAAUCUUAACAAUAUGUCAUCAUUUAACACUUCCUAGUCCUCCCAUCCCUGCACACCUCAAAAAAAAAAAAAAAAAAAAGACAAUGUUAGCCUUAGCUUUGAGUCGCGUGGAUUUUAUCUAUAUGUCACAGCCUUAGCAAUAGUGAAAAGCCGUUUCCUGUAAUUAGGAAAGUAUCUAAUUCUGGCCAUUGUGUGCGUCUCGCUCGCUCAUUUUUCAGGGCACUCCCUUGAGUCACCCCUUAGUCAGAUGACUGCCUUGUACUUAUUGCUCAUCUUGUUUCGAAAUCUGAAGCCUCUGUACAGAUUUAGAGUGAUGAUCAACAACCAGUGGUAAAUAACAUUUUUGUGCCACAUGCUGUCUAUUUAAAGUGAUAUGUUGUGUUCAGUUCUGUAUGUUAAAGAAUUAUGAAAUUCAUUAUGUGUAGGGCUAUGACCAGUGUGGAGGAAAGGGGACAUAGGAAAGUGAGGAACAGUUACUGAGGGCUCCAAUUCAGGGCUAACAUACUAAAAUCUCAUUAUGUUUAAAAACGUGCUCAUUUACUAUUAAAUCCUCACCACUAUUUCACCGUUAUCCACAACAAUGCUGGUGAAUUUGCUAAAUCUAGGCUACAUCUUAGAUUUCUUGCUUAUAGCCACCUCAGUCUAUGACUCAGCCUAGAUACAGUGUAGCCAACAGCAUUAGAGCACAUAGUGUGAUUGGGAUAGGGCAUGUGGUAUAAACUGGCCUACAGAAAAAGAAAAUACCUGAGUGCCUGGGUGCAGCUCCAGGCUACCAAUGAAUGUUAUAAGAUCCUUCCCCUGCACACACUUAAAGUGAGGUGGAGGUGGGGAAAAAAGGGAGAGAAGGAGGAAGGGGGGAAAAGAAAAGGAAGAAUAGAAGGGGAGAGGAACAAAGAGAAAAUAAGUGCAAGCCUUCCCUCCUCCAUCUUCCCAACAUGUUAUGCUGUGAGGGCAAGAGCAGAGAAUAUAAUUGCAGCUGUGUACAUACAAUCAGGGGCUUGGUAGUACAGCUGCUUGGAGCACCAGUAUUUGACCUUCGGAGGCUUAGAUCCAGAUGUUACUCUACUUCAUUGAAGAAGAUAAAUCACAUGCAACUUCAUAGGAGAAUGCCAUAUACUGUGUGUGUACAUAUUAGAGAGAACAAACCAAACUGGCUUAGGUUAAUGUACCAGAGCCCGCUAAUGGAUGAAAUCAUAACUACUUAUCUGCGUGUCAUAGUCCUUAUCCUGCUGUGAGGUAACAGAGUUUCUCUUUCAGUUCAAAUGUUGGGGGCCCUUGUUCUUUGUGGAGGAAGAUGCAAGUUCUAGCCUUUUUUCUGCUUUGAAAUGAAGAGGGUUCAACCCAGUGCUAAUGCUUGCUCCAGGUAGUCAGAGAUUUAUAACUAUAGAAAGAGAGGGCAGGACUAGAAUGGUCCUAGUGCAUGGUUCCUGCAGGGUGGGAUUGAAGUAGGCUGGCAGAGAUAUGCAGGGAAGCCUGCCUUCACAGUGCCUGGUUCUAGUCAGUGCCUUCACUGAGGACAAUCAUGCAGCCUUUAAUCACAGAAGAAAAGAUGCCAGAGCUCCUUGCCUGAUAGCUCCAGCCCAGCUGUCCUCCUCUUGCCCAGCCUCCUGCUCCCUGUUGUUCCCAAGAUUUCCAAACAGGCUAUUACAUCUAUCAAGUCUCCCGUCUCACUUUUUUCCUUUCUUCUUCCUGAUCCUACCAUUCUACUGAUUCCAAAUUAGCUUGCUUUCCAUAGAUCCUCUUCUAAAUUCCCUCACUUAUUCCUCUCAGUUGCCUUUAAUUUCCUUAUAUCCUCCAGUAAUAAGCCAGUGCUCCAACCUUUGGGUUUGAGGUCAACACUUCUUUAACCCAGGAUGGAAAACAAGCUAAAGCAAAACAGCCGUUCAAGUUGUCCCCAUCAUGGGAAGUAGAUAGUCUCUGAAAGUUCAUUUAAUGUCCAGGUGGCCUAACACACAUAAUCAAGGAAUAAAGAUCCUCUUGUCAGAAGCUCCACUUAUCCCUUUAGAUGUGGCGAAUGAAGAUCAAGGAAAGCAUCCUGGUACUGUCACGAAGCUCAGCUCCAUUUGGGAGGAAGUUUCAUUCUUUUUUUCCCAGAAGCCUCACCCUUUUCCUUUCUUGGCACCCCUGAAAACCUCACUUUUAUAUAGCUGCCGGCCAUGCUAUUGAGACACAUCUGUCAGCUCCACUUUCCAGUAGCCUAAUGGAGCCAUAGCUGUCAGCUCCUUUCUCCAGGCCUGACAGCUCAGGCAGUCUCUAUUGUCUAGGCUUUAGCUCUUUCCCCAGUGAAGGAUUUUAAAACACUUCUUCAUUCAGCCAGGGACAGUUACAUACAUCCUAUCAUAGCUCCCUUAUCCAACCAAGGCAGCGUUAUGUUAGCAUAACUUGUCUGACACACUUUAUUUUUUUAUAUUUGGCUGGAAAUAGAACUACAGUUCAAACACAAGGUUAAAAGUGAAUCCUCAAUACUGUACACUCAGUGGGUCACAUAUACAGGAAGUGAAGCAGAGCUGCUCCACUUCCUCUAGAAUGUGGGGGAAAAAUGCUCAGCAGUCAAAUUCCAGAAGAAAACAAGUCAGAUUGACUUCUUUUCCUCAGCAUUUCCUGCCUUCCUGUUCACCAAACUCACUGUCAAAUGUCAGCUCUUGUUAAUAAGAUCCUUUACUAUCAGUUCAGGAAACACAGCAUGAAGAGAGACCAGGCGGGUGAGGUAAUAUCUUUUAUUGGCUCAUCUUCUGUGGGUGAAAGAGACAAAUUUUUGAGAUCUAGAGAGAUCAUCUUCAGGUCCUGAAAUCUGAAAGCUUGUCUUUCUCACCAACAGAAGAUGGUCCAAUAAAAGAUAUUAUCUCACCCAUCUGAUCUCUCUAAUAUCCUGGGACUAACAUGGCUACCACAAUACUGCAAACAGUAUCAAAAAAGAUACUUUAACAUGCAGAUAAAUACAAAUCUGGAUUUUUGCCAUGAUAUGGCAAACAUGUCAGACAUGUGAGUUUGUAACACAAAAGCAGAAUCACAAACUAAUUAGAAAGCAUUCGUUUGUAGUAGAUCUUCUCAAGCUCUGUAGAACAGAGUGAUUAAAUUAUAGUCCUCAGGUUGACAUCAUCCUGCUGGCAUCUGCUACAUGGCCCAAUUGAUCUUUCUGAAAACUUUCAAGCGUGGUGCGUGCACGUAUGGGGGGGGGGGGUGCAGUUUAACCAGGUUAUGGAAAACAUGUAUGGGCUUGUCACUGUUUUUUAUUCUUUAUUUUUCCUAUAGUGAUCUGUUUUCCUCCAUUUCUUUUCUUGGAUUUAGGAGGCUCUUUCAACAUUUAACCCUGCUCUAGAAUCUUAAAAUUACUGGAGAGGACUCCAGACCACUUCAGGACUUCUUUUUGAUCCAGAGGUUCAAUAAACACGGCACAGAACUAAGAUUCAGUGUGCUUGGUUGAUUCUUCUCUUGGGUACACCAGUUUUACACUAGUGUUAUUUCCACAUUUACCAGCUUGUGCAGGGCUGCAUCCAACCCAAAUAAAAUAAAUUACAAGGAAGUAGAGUUUGUCUGCAGUCUUUUUUCACCUAAAUUUGUAUAAAUUAGGGUGAAAUUAUCUGCUGCGCUGAGACUCCUCUUAGUGCACCAAAAAUGUGACUUUGGGGAGCCUGUCAUGCCUCCCUGAUUUUCAAGGCUGAGUAGAUUUGUGAGACAAAUCACAAAUUCAAUUGCUUUCUAGGAUUGGGGCUUUAAUGAUCUUCUCUUUAGUGGAAUGCUCUAGUACAUGCUACUUUCUCCUCACCAUACCCCCGUGGACAGUCUGGUAUCUCAGGAGGGGAAAGGGAUUGCUUUGCCACGAUGGUCACUGGAGAAGAGUAACUCAACACAAAAUAGAACUGUCCCUCCCACUCACCUUCUCCAUUGAUAUACAUUUAGUAGGACCGACAUCCUAGCGGGCAUGUGGGAGUAGCUGAACUAUGCAUCUUGUCAGGUACUCCAGCUUUCAGUUCCUCCUUUCAUCUGAGCUGCAGGCUAUAACCCAUGACAUCAGUCUAGUAAUGAAAGGGAGGAUCAACUUUGGGGACUGCAGUUUCCCUUGGUCUCUCCAUGACCAAUCAGCUCUGCUACUUUCUUCUUGGAUCCUAAAGAUCCCCACAUCUUUUUACUUCUAAGGUUGGCCACCUCCCAUAGCCUGGGCAUCCAGGAUCCCUAGAUCUGAACCAUGAGCCCCUGCAGUGCAACCCUAAACUGCAAUGCCAUGAAUGGACACUGUACAUCACUUCACAUAAACUGCUGAGAGCAAACCACUCUGCCAGGUGCUCGCAUGGAUCUGUGUUCUGUAGCCCUGCUCCCAUUUCACGGGUGUCUCCAGCUAGAACUGCCAUCUAAUGCUUUUCUCUGCCCAUCACUGCACACACUUUCAAAUUCACUCCCAUUAUACUUAUCUGGCAUCCAACUAUCUACCUGGUAAAUUCAGGUCUAUCUCCAGCUGAAGCAAUGUGGCAGGAUCAGUUUCUCAUUCUCAACAGGACCACAUUUGCUCAAUAAAGAAAAAAGGAUGGGGGAGAGGGGAGAGAGAAAGUGAGAGAUUUUGAAAUAGAAUAAAACAAAACUAGUAGGCUAGAGGCCUAUGGUUCAGGUCCUAGGUUUUUUCUGCAGUAAAUUUCCUUUGACUUCUAAUCACUGCCGUGAUAUAAUGCAGUAUGUGAGUAUUGUUUAUUGUAAAGGAGAUGUACUGUACGGUUUUGGUGAAAAUGCACACACACACACAGGCAUUCCUCUGUGUGUGUGUGUAUGACAAGUGUAAGACUUUUAUACAUUAUAAAACUUAAUUUGGAAUGUUGUUUUUAAAAUGCAAUUUCAUUCUCAGUGCCAUUGAUUGCCAUUUGCUGCAUUAUGCUUUGAAUACGAAAUACACUACUUACUUCCUUGUGCAAAAUUCUUUACUUAAUCAUCCAUAAAAUUGCUGUGGUGCCAAGUGCUUUCUUAAUUUGCCCUUCAUUUGAUGUCACUGAAAGAGAACUCCUGUAAUUGUUUUAGGAGUAAGUUUUGAUUUAGCUGCAUCCUUUCCUCACCAUGCUGUGCCAAACAAUGAAGCAACAAACCAUAUAGAAGUAUGUCACACAUGUUCCAGUGACUCAGCAUACUAGAAUAUUCAAAAUCAAAUAUAAAUCCUUGGAUUUUUUUUCUUUUUGGAAGCAAAGUAUGUUCUGAAUAAUGUUCCAUAUGGAUCUCAACAUAUUAACUUCUGUGUAAUAUAUGGGACUAUGUCUGUCUUCUUUCUGUACUGUGUGUUUUUCAUUGUUCCUGCAGACAUAGCUGCCGCUGUUCUAAUAACGUUCUUAUGGCUAAAUUGUUUGCCACUGCUCUUAUCAGCAUUCUUUGACCAGCUAGAAACAGAGCCAUUGUCAGGAUGUCUUUCAAUUAAUCAUUAAUGUUGACAAAGAUCUAGCUCUGUAAUGAGCAGUGUAUUGUACCAUUCCUGCUAUUAGUCAAGCGAAGCCAGUCUGAAGAAGCACACACACAAGGAAAGAGGGUGGAGAGAGUUAUUUCUAGAACUCCGACACUCAUUAUGCUUCUUCCCUAGAUGCAAACAACUUCAUUCUUUCCAGUGUGUUUCCGGGCAGUUUGUGUGCCUGUGCAUUGCAGAAUUAAGAAGUCAGCAGAAAAAAAAGGGUGUUCUAUGCUCACAAGAAUAAACAAAGCAUGUUUGGUACAGGAAAACUAAGACUUUUUGAAAGAAAUUAAAACAGACAACACCGCACUGUCCAUAGUUGGAAAUCAUGCGUAUUUCCUGAUUUACUUGAGAGUGAAAUUCAUUCUGAACCAUUUAGUUAAGUAAUAACACACAACAGUGCAGCAAUGCUGAUACAACAUCAUCAUUGGUAAAUGGUGGAUAUUCUAAUGGAAAGAAAAAAAAUGUCAGUUGUGGGACACUGUGGCUUGCAGUUUCUUGUAGGCUUUCUUUAAAAAAAUGAAAAUGAGUCUUUAGGUUUCCAGUGAACGUUGCUGACCUUAUCAUCAUCGUUGGAACUAUGGAACAAACAUUAAAAUGAAAUAAUUUAGAAGAAAAAGUAAUAGAAUGUUAAACAUUAACUUUAAAUAGUUAUAUUUAACAAUACAAUGUUUUUGUAAGAAACUUAGAGCUCUCUCGUCCCUCCCCCUGUGUGGAUCCCAGCCAGUGUGAUGGCUGGUUUCUGUAACACUUCACCUAUGACCAUGAAGAAUAUACUUCUGUUUAAAAAAAUCCCCCAAAACUAGAGCAACAUAUACCUACUGAUUUAGGCCUUGAUCCAGAAAGUUGGUCUAUACAGGCAAGCCCCUAUGCCUGUAUAGUCAAUGGAAGUCAAUGGAGCAGUUUACAGUAUUAAGACCUGAGCUUUCUUAUAAGUUAACUUAAAAGAAAAACAACAGUUAAAUGCAUGAUCUUGUGUUAUGCAGUAUUGGAAGCAACUUCUUUACUGAGUCCUGGGGUGAGAGGAAUUCUUUAUAACAUAUUGGUUUAAUCUACCAAUGUAUGGACUGUAACUUAAUAAUUUUAACCUUUGAUGUCCUCAUACAAGUGACUGGCGUUCCAACCAAUACAGUGAAUUGUAAUAUCAUUCCAGGUCAGAAACCACAUGAAUCAACUGAUCACUUUAUUUUCCAGCCCUUUUAUAUAUUUAAAAAAUGUUAUCAUCUGUCUUGAGUUAAAAUUCUAAUAAAUUAAAUUGUAACUUGUAUAUGGCCACAAAUAUAUUUGACGUCUGAAGGCGUGUAAGCAAACAAAAAAUGGAUAAUUUUUUCUUCACACGUCACUGGGUUAAUUUCAGUCCUGUAUAUACAAAAAUAACCAUCCAGCUGAAAAUAUAAUUCCAUGCCUUCAAUAUAAUUUACUGAUAUAGUCAAGGUACUGAUUCUUGGUGACUAGUUUGUGCCUCCUAAAUCCCCAAAAAUAUCAAACACAAAAAAAACUAUGUGCUUUCUUUAUGCUGAGCCAAAUUCUGCUCUUAGUUUUCCCCAAUAGAGCUCAAGUAAAAGCAAAGGCAUUGAAACAAGGCAACUGGGAGCAGAAUUUGGCACACUGUCUUUAACAUACAAAACAUGGUGUGUCUGUAUGUCCUGGUGUUCUGUGUUUUGUAACAUGACAAUGUAUAUAUAUAUUGUAUAUAAAGUACUGAGAUUUUAAAGUUAAAUUUCCAUUCUUCACAUUCAUUUUCAGAUCCACAAUUUUGUACUGAGAUCUUGGCAAUGGCCCUUUUUCUUUUUUUACUGCUCUGUAUGAUCUCCUGUAAUGUGGGUUACAGUUAUCACUCCUGUAUAUAUGUGCUUGCAUGUAUGUGCAUUGAUAAAUUCUCACUUUCAGGUUUCUGGAUUUUUCAUUCCAAGUACAGCUGGUACAAUUGUGAACUCAUCUUUCUGGCAUGCUCCUCUGUGUCAGAUUGCUGAUUGCCAAAAUGCUUGACCAAGUGUAUAAAGUCCCCUGAGAAAAGCUGUCUCUCUAACUGUGAAAGGGCAUGCUCUGUGUAGGAUGACUAUGUACAGUAUAAAUCUAUAAAAUGUGGAAGUGUGUAUAAAUUUAUCUGUCAAAUACCUGUCAUACACGUAACAAAUGCAAAGAUAUUUAAUGUACAUCAAAUUAAUAAAGGGGCAUUUUUUGCUCCACUAUAUUCCAAUAAAGAGUUAUUCUUUGCAAUGAAUGUGCACCAGAUGUACUGACAGUUAAAGAUGCAUUCUUUAUUGUAGCCACAAAAUACUGAAAGCAUUUGCUUUGAUUUAAUCAGUAUGGUACUUUUAACAUAUUUUUAGUGCUCUGUUGUUAUGGCUAUGAAUGUAUUUCAUCUUCAGUGCCCAUUAUAUAUAUCCGGUGAUAGAGAUCCAAGACAGUGUUAAAAGAAAACCUGGAACAAGUUACUAACGUGAAAGAAAUGUAAGUCAAUAUAACAACAAUACAAAAUAAAAGUUACGU